AUGGCGCCGAUUCAGAAAGAGUGCGACUACCUAGUCCUAGGCGGUGGUUCGGGAGGUCUGGCGAGUGCGCGGAGAGCGAGUGCUAUGUAUGGCGCGAAGGCGAUUGCUGUGGAGGUUGAUCGCUUAGGAGGGACUUGCGUGAAUGUUGGGUGUGUGCCGAAGAAGAUCACCUGGAAUGCGGCUGCUAUUGCGGAGAUGCUGCAUAAGGAGGUGAAGCCUUAUGGGUUUAGCAUACAAGAGACGGGACCGUUCGAUUGGGAGGGGUUCACGACUAAGAGGGAGAACUAUGUCAAGAGGCUAAAUGGAAUCUACGAGAGGAACUUGAAUAACGACAAGGUGGAGUUCUUGCAUGGGCUUGCGACGUUCCAAGAUCCUCAUACUGUCAGAGUGACGCUGGACGACAAGAGCGAGGUGGAUAUCAAGGCCAAGAAGAUUCUGGUGGCGGUUGGCGGUCAUCCCAACGUCCCGCAGAACAUCCAGGGCUCUGAGUUGGGCAUCACUUCAGAUGGCUUCUUUGAGCUUCGAAAACAGCCGAAGAAGGUUGCCGUGGUCGGUGCUGGGUACAUUGCGAUUGAGAUGGCGGGCAUGUUCAACGCUCUCGGCACGGAGACGCAUCUCUUCUACAGACAUGACAAAUUCCUGCGGACGUUCGAUCCGAUGAUCCAAGAGAAAAUUGCAACCGAGUAUCAGCGCCAAGGCAUGCAUCUCCACGCCAACUCUUCCCUGUCAAAAGUGGAAGAUAUAGGCAACGGCCAGAAGAGGCUUCACUACAAAGACUCAAACGGGGAGGGCACGCUCGAUGUGGACACCGUUCUGUGGGCGAUUGGCCGAAGUCCAGAACUGGAGAAGCUCAAUCUGGAAAUCACAGGCGUCAAGCUCAACGACAACGGCCACAUAAUCGUCGAUGACUACCAAAACACCAACAUCGACCACAUCUACUCCCUCGGCGACGUGUGCGACAAGGGCUUCGAACUCACCCCCGUCGCCAUCGCCGCCGGCCGCAGACUCUCGGACCGCCUCUUCGGCGGCAAAUCCGACGCGAAGCUCGCCUACGAAAACAUCCCCUCGGUCGUCUUCGCGCAUCCCGAAGUCGGCAGCACUGGUCUAACGGAACCCGAGGCGCGGGAGAAGUACGGCAGCGACAACAUCAAGGUCUACCAGACGUCGUUUAUCGAUAUGUACUACUCGAUGAUGGAGCAGGAAGACAAGAGCCCGACGGCGUACAAGGUCGUCUGCGCGGGCAAGGAGGAGAAGGUGGUCGGCUUGCAUAUUCUGGGUAGAAGCUCGGCAGAGAUCUUGCAAGGGUUUGGGGUUGCUAUCAAGAUGGGCGCGACCAAGGCUGACUUUGACCGCUGCGUGGCUAUCCAUCCGACUGCGGCUGAGGAGUUGGUUACGCUGAAGUAG